CGCUGAACGUCGCCGAAGACUAAGAUGAAAAAAAGUGAAAACAAAUCAGUGUCAGUGAGUGAACGGUUGGGUCGCGGGAGGUGGAGCAGCGGAGUGGACGUUUCACAAAAUCUUUUUAACUUUGAUUAUAUCUGACAACUUCAAAGGAUAUAUAUAUAUACUGUAUAUAAGCAAUUUAUUUUGGAAACUUGGGGGACUCGUCUGCAGAUAAAAACAGAAAGAAAUCGAAGCUCUUUGAAUAUCAUGAACUGUAGAUAGCAAAAGCACAAGGUGACCAUGGCGCCACGGAAGAGGAACCGGCAUGUGCUGGGGUUUUUGUGCUGCCUGAGGAGCAGCGAGCACCCAGAAAUCACCUUCAAGGACAGAAGUGUCCCCCUGCAGCUCCUGGAGUUCUCACUGCCAAUGCCGCCCACAGAAGAACUCAAUGCCAGGUUUACGGAGCUCGUUGAUGAAUUGGACCUCACUGACAAGAAUCGAGAUGCUAUGUUCGCUUUGCCCACGGAGAAGAAAUGGCAAAUAUACUGCAGCAAAAAGAAGGAACAGGAUGAUCCCAAUAAGCAGGCCACCAGUUGGCCUGACUACUACAUCGACCGAAUCAACUCCAUGGCUGCAAUGCAGACCCUUUUUGCCUACGAAGAGGAGGAAAUGGAAAUGAGAAACACAGUGGUUGAAGGCCUCAAGACAGCUCUACGAACACAGCCAAUGAGGUUUGUGAUGCGGUUCAUUGAGCUGGAUGGCCUUACGUGCCUAUUAAACUUUCUGAGAAGCAUGGACUAUGACACGUCAGAGAGCCGAAUUCACACAUCCGUUAUAGGGUGUAUCAAGGCCCUGAUGAACAAUUCACAGGGACGGGCCCACGUGCUGGCCCAUCCUGAGAGCAUCAACAUCAUCUCGCAGAGUCUCAGGAGCGAGAACGUCAAGACAAAAAUCGCAGUGCUGGAGAUCCUGGGGGCGGUUUGCUUGGUACCCGGGGGCCACAAGAAGGUGCUGCAAGCAAUGUUGCACUAUCAGCUUCAUGUGGCUGAGAGGACCCGCUUCCAGACCUUGCUGAACGAGCUGGACAAGAACACUGGAAAGUACAGGGAAGAGGUUCACAUCAAGACUGCAAUAAUGUCCUUCAUUAAUGCAGUGCUAAAUGCCGGGGCAGGAGAGGACAAUUUGGAAUUCCGACUGCACCUCCGAUAUGAGUUUCUGAUGCUGGGCAUUCAACCUGUGAUUGAUAAGCUUCGCAGCCAUGAAAAUGCAACAUUAGACAGGCACUUAGACUUCUUUGAGAUGGUCAGGAACGAUGAUGAGAACGAACUCGCAAAAAAGUUUGAUGCGGUGCACAUUGACACAAAGAGCACAAGCCAGAUGUUUGAUCUGAUUCGGAGAAAGCUGAGUCACACAGACGCCUACCCGCAUCUGGUCUCUAUCCUACAACACUGCCUCCAGAUGCCAUGGAAGAGGAAUGGGACCAAUUGCCAGUACUGGCAGCUCCUGGACAGGAUACUGCAGCAGGUGGUGCUGCAGGACGAAAAGGGAGAUGAUCCUGACGUCACCCCGUUGGAGAACUUCAACGUAAAGAACAUUAUUCGGAUGUUAGUGAAUGAGAACGAGGUGAAGCAGUGGAAGGAUCAAGCAGAGAGGUUCAGGAAAGAACACGCAGAAUUACUGGGCAGACUGGAAAAGAAGGAGCGAGAGUGUGAAACCAAAACGCAGGAGAAGGACGACAUGAUGAAAACUCUCAACAAAAUGAAGGACAAACUCCAGAAAGAGUCCAUUGAUCUGCGACAAGCAAGAGAUCAAGUGGUGGAGCUCAGUACACGACUCCAUGACCUAGCAGCCUCUUCCUGUAGCUCAGUGAAUGGUGGCAACUUCUCUUUCCUUCCCCUGCCACACCCAGGAGGACCCUUCCCACCCCCACCCCCUCCUCUAAUGCUGGGAGACCUGCCUCCACCGCCUCCCCCUCUGCCCUAUAUCUUCGCACCUCCUCCUCCCCCACCUCCUCCCCCAGGCGGCCCCCCUCCCCCCCCUGGGGCACCCCCCUACUUUAACUGCGGAAUACCACCGCCCCCAUGUUCUCUAAACCAGAAUAUCCGAAAAAAAGCCAUUCCACAACCAUCUCACCCUCUGAAGUCCUUCAACUGGCACAAGUUAGCUGAGAAUAAGAUUGGGGACACUGUCUGGACUGAGAUUGAUGAUGUUCGAGCCUUCAAUGUGCUGGACCUGGAAGACUUCGAGAAGAUGUUCUCAGCGUACCAAAGGCAACAGAAAGAGCUUGGCUCAACUGAGGAUCUCUACCUCACGACCAGGAAAGUGAAAGAGCUGUCGGUGAUUGAUGGACGGAGAGCGCAAAACUGUGUAAUUCUGCUGUCAAAGUUAAAACUAUCCAAUGAAGAGAUCAAGCAAGCUAUUUUGCAAAUGGAUGAACAAGAGGACUUGGCCAAAGACAUGCUGGAACAACUGCUCAAAUUUAUCCCUGAGAAGAGCGACACAGACCUUCUGGGAGAGCAUAAGCACGAGAUUGACCGCAUGGCGAGGGCUGAUCGCUUCCUCUUUGAAAUGAGCAGAAUUGAUCACUAUCAGCAGCGACUCCAGGCCCUGUACUUUAAGAAGAAAUUUGCUGAACGACUAGCAGAGGCAAAGCCAAAGAUCGAAGCCAUUCUCCUGGCUUCCAAAGAACUGUGCCGCAGCAAGAGGCUGAAGCAGCUGCUGGAGGUGGUGCUGGCAUUUGGUAACUACAUGAAUAAAGGGCAGAGGGGCAAUGCUUUUGGCUUCAAGAUUUCCAGCCUGAAUAAAAUUGGAGACACAAAGUCAAGUAUCGACAGGAACAUCACACUGUUGCACUAUCUGAUCAUGAUAUUUGAAAAGACCUAUCCCGAGAUCCUGACCAUUCAGUUAGACUUACUGCACCUACCGGAGGCAGCCAAAGUCAACCUAGCAGAGCUCGACAAGGAGAUGAACCAUUUGAAGAAUGGGCUGAAGGCUUUAGAAGAUGAGCUGGAUUACCAGAAAGGCCAUGUGAGGGACCCACGGGACAGGUUCGUUUCAGUAAUGAACGACUUCAUUACAGUGGCCAGUUUCAGCUUCUCCGAGAUGGAAGACCUUUUGAGCGAAGCAAAACACAAGUACAUAAAGACGUUGAAGCACUUUGGAGAGGACGAAGCCAAGAUGCAGCCAGAUGAGUUCUUUGGCAUCUUCGACACCUUCCUGCAGUCGUUCAACGAAGCGAAGCAAGACCUGGAGAACAUGCGGAGGAAGAAGGAGGAAGAGGAGCGCAGAGCUCGCAUGGAGGCUAUGCUGAAGGAGCAGCGGGACAAGGAGCGGCAGCUGAAAAAAGCCAAAGCUGGUGGCAUCUCGGAAGAAGUGGGGGAGUUUGAUGACCUGGUUUCAGCACUCCGCUCGGGCGAGGUAUUUGACAGGGAUCUGUCCAAGCUGAAGCGCAGCCGCAAGCGAUCUGGUAACCAGGUGGCCGAGAGUGGCAGGGAACGAGCGGUGACCAAGCUCAACUACUGAACUGGAUGUGAUCAGUCAGACUGGGCCAAGAACUCCUACAGCGCCAUUGGACUCCAGUGACUCCUGCAGCCGGAAACUUUGCCAUUCCUCACCAAGCAAGCCUCUCCUUCUCCCCCCCAUCUUCUCCCUUAUCUUUCACUGUGGGAAAGGAAUAAAAGUGCCUGUCUGCUCUGUAGGGUUGCUGGUCAAUGGUUAGGUAUUCCCCCUCCACCAACCCUUCUGUUAUAAGAGCAGGGAAGUGUUCCCAGGAAUAGCGAAUUUUGGAGAUUUAGAAAGUCUCCUCUUCUUGGACUGAAAGGGAUCUGCGAUCAUCUU